AAUAAACUUGUCAUACCUGAUUUGUUACAUUAUUUUGUCUAUUUAAUGUAAUUUCCUGUGGUUCAUGGGCGCGACUAUACCCACAAUUCACCGCGGCUUACGGAAACAUCAAUGGCGCCUUUAGUGGCUGGAUCACGACAAAUGAUCGUGUUUGUGCGUUAUAACCUUGGGCCAGGAGUGGCUGUGGAGUUGCAGGAAGAGGCGAGUGUGGCUGAUCUAAAGGAGGUGGUGGGCUUUCAGCAUGGAGUCCGACCAGAUCAUCUCAGGGUCGUAUUUGCCGGACAGGAGCUGCAGAGUGCUGCCAGGCUUCAGGGUUGUGACCUCCCAGAGCAGAGUACUGUCCAUGUUGUCCUUCCUGCUCCAGGCCCCGCUCCCCCCAGACUGGACGUUGGCUCCUCACACCUUUCUUCCACCUCGGCAGUGAUCAAGGAUUGGAGUGAUGGAGAAGAAGACAUGAGAGGAGACAGAGCAGCGCUGGAGGACAGGCAGGAGGUGCAGACAGGUGGUCGCAGUACUUUCUUUGUAUACUGUAAGAGCUGCAGGUGUAUCCGAGCAGGUAAACUGAGAGUUCGCUGUGGAAGCUGCAGACAGACGACGCUCACACUCUGCUCAGGUCCAUCCAGCUGGGAUGAUAUUCUUCUGCGGGGUCGUCUCCAUGGUAUUUGUCAAUCUGAGGGUUGUCGUGGAAAUGAAGCGGAGUUCUUCACCAAGUGUGCAUCCCAUCCAACCUCGGAUGACGACCAUUCUGUGGCCCUCAACCUCAUCAGGACCAACAUCAGAGGCGUCCCCUGCAUCGCCUGCACAGACAUCAUGGACGUCAUCCUGGUCUUCCAGUGUGCAGAGCGUCACGUGAUCUGUCUCGAUUGUUUCCGUCAGUAUUGUCAGACUCGACUAAAUGAGCGGCAGUUUGUCCAUCAUCCCAUCAUAGGUUACUCGCUGCCGUGUGCAGCUGGCUGUGGAGAUUCCCUCAUUCAGGAGUUACACCAUUUCCGGAUUUUGGGAGAAGAUCAGUAUGGGCGGUACCAGCUGUACGGGGCAGAGCAGUGCCUGCUGACCAUUGGAGGAGUGGUAUGUCCGUCACCGGGAUGUGGGGCGGGGCUUCUUCCACCAAACGAUAGCAGACAAGUGGAAUGUGACAGACGGCUGGGUUGCGGAUUUGUCUUUUGCAGACUCUGCAGAGAGCGGUACCAUGAAGGGGCGUGUCAUACUCUGACAUCACCACUGACCAAUGUAGGAUCACAGGGUUUUGUUGUGGGGGAGGAGGCGUCUGUCAGGGGGAGGUGGGACCAGGCCUCCCUUCUCCUCAUCCAGGAGGUGACUAAACGCUGCCCCCAGUGUUCGGUCCCGGUGGAGAGAAACGGCGGCUGCAUGCACAUGGUGUGCUCUCUGUGCCGGGUUGAGUGGUGCUGGCUCUGUGCCGUCCCCUGGAACAGGGACUGCAUGGCAAACCACUGGUUCGGCUGACUCCAGAUGCUCCACUGCUCAUCUCUACAUUCAAAUAAAGUUCUCUGAUUUAAUCAAACCAGGAUUCUGCUGCCAGGAAUUAAACCGUCG